CCCAUGACAAUGGAUCGUGUAGAGAAGAACAUUAAGAAAAGAAAAUAUAGAGGACUUUUACAGUAUGGUUUUACUUCAAUAAUUACAGCAGGGAUUGAGAAACCGCAGUGUGUUAUUUAUUGUGAAGUUCUAUCAGCUGAAUCUAUGAAGCCGAACAAACUAAAACGCCAUUUUGAUAGCAAACAUCUGAGCUUUGCCGGCAAGGACACCAACUAUUUUAGAAGCAAAGCUGAGGGACUCAAGAGAGCCAGACUUGACACUGGUGGCAAGUACCACAAACAAAACAUAGCAGCCAUUGAAGCUUCCUGUUUGGUGGCACUCAGAAUCGCCAGAGCUAUGAAACCUCACACCAUUGCUGAGGAUUUACUGUUGCUAGCAGCCAAAGACAUUGUCUGAAUUAUGAUUGGAGACAAAUUUGUUACGAAAUUGAGUGCAAUUUCCUUAUCUAAUGACACUGUCCACAGAAGAAUAGAUGACUUGUCUGCUAAUAUUCUUGAUCAGGUAACCCAGGAAAUUAAAUCUGCUCCACUUCUAAUAUUUAGUAUCCAGCUUGAUGACCCUACAGAUAUUGCAAACUGUCAGUUACUGGUUUACGUGAGGUAUAUUAAUGAUGGCGACUUUAAAGAUGAGUUUCUUUUUUGCAAACCUCCUGAAAUGACAACUACUGAAUGUGAUGUAUUUGACACAGUUGGUUCAUUUCUGAAAGAGCAUAAGAUCUCUUGGGAAAAGGCUUGUGGUGUUUGCAUAGAUGGUGCUCCAGCUAUGCUAGGAUGUCAAACCGAAUUUCAACAUUUGGUACUGAAUGAGUCACCCAAAGUUGUCAGAACUCACUGUAUGAUUCAUCAGCAAAUAUUAGCAUUGAAGACGCUGCCACAGGAGUUACAAGAAGUAAUGAAAAGCAUCAUAAGUUCUAUCAAUUUUGUAAAGGCAAGCACUUUAAACAAAGUUAAACAUAAUUUUUCACAACUAUGCAACGAGUUGGAUGCGCCGAACAAUGCUUUGCUCUUUCACACUAAAGUGAGAUGGUUAUCGACAGGAAAAGUUUUAAAAUGUGUUUUUGAGCUUCAUGAUGAGCUCAAAAUGUUUUUUAAUCAGAAAACAAGACCACAGCUCAAAGCACUUUUCAGCAAUAAUAGUCAACUGCAGAAAAUAGCUUACUUGUUUGCUAUCUUUGCCAUCUUGAAUGUUAAUUUAUCAUUGCAAAGACCAAAUGCAACAUACCUCGAUUUGUCUGAAAAGAUCCUAUCAUUUCAAAUGAAACUUCAGCUUUGGCAAAAAAAAUUGGAUAAAAAUAAAAUUUACAUGUUACCUACCUUAUCUGCUUUCUUUGAAGAACAUGACACUGAACCAGACAAAAGGAUUACGAUGAUAAUUUCUGUGAAAGAACACUUACAUAUGCUUGUAGACGAAAUUUCAUCGUACUUUCCAAAUCUACCUGACACCCCAUUUGCACUUGCCAGAAGCCCAUUCACAGUCAAAGUUGAAGAUUUUCCUGAGACAGCACAAGAGGAGUUCAUUGAACUUAUUAACAGCGAUGUAGGGAGAAAAGAUUUCUCUGCAAUGCCAGUUAUAAAAUUCUGGUUCAAGUGUUUGCAGUCAUAUCCUGUUCUGUCUGAGACUGUAUUGUGCCUUCUUCUUCUAUUUCCAACAACAUAUCUUUGUGAAACAGGGUUUUCCAGCUUGUUGAUUAUCAAGCCUAAAUGCAGAUGUAGUCUUGCUGUGGAAGAUGAUCUUCGUUGUGCUCUUGCAAAGACUGCCCCGAGAAUUUCUGAUCUGGUGAGAAAGAAGCAAUCUCAACCUUCGUACUGGUGUUGGCUUUUUACACAUCCUGUUGCAAACUGUAGCAAUGAACCAAACUGUUCGUCUGAGCGACACCACUCGGGAUCGGGACACGACUCGGGAUCGGGCGGCGCCGACCUCGGGGACCGGCGGUCCCGCCCAGCGCCCGGGGUUCUGAGCCGGAGCGGGCUCCCUGCGCCCCGCAGCACCGGGGUUCCGACGGUCGGGCAGUGGGGCCGGGGCGCGGCGCUCGGCGGGCCCAGGCGGAUUCAGAUCAUGCAUCUUUGGCGGGAAUAUCAUAGAAGUCAUGCUGUGUUCUUAGUCCACCCUAUCAGAUGGCACGGGAUUUUGAUUUAUCUUAUUAUUGACUUUGAUUAUUUCAUUAUUGUGGCGUCUGCCUGGCUUCUCCACUGUAAAGUUAUUCUUUUCCCCUUUGAAAUGAAGAAGUAUUUUGUGAGCAAGAAAUUUGAAAUUCACAAAUGGUCUUUUCCUCAUUAA